CGGAAACACGUUCCCCGAAAACGUCAUGACGUACGUCUGAACGAUCGAGUGUAAAAUGAAUCUGAGGCAGAGUAAAACUCGACCGUCGGGAAGUAACAGAAGAAAAACUUCGUAACAGCGCUUCAUUUGGUGUCAGGAACUAAAACUCAACAUGCUGCCUAAGGAUGACUCCUGCACAGCUGUGGAGGACAGAGCCGAAGGUGACCCACAGCACCCACUGAUCCUGGAAAGAGUUGAGAAAAAACCAGAGAAGAAAUGGCAUACUGUUGUGUUAGAUCGGGUAAAGAAGCACCGCUCGUGCACCCCGGAGAAGGUGAAAUCCAAAAUACUGGGCUUUGUCCCAAUUCUGAAGUGGCUGCCCCACUACAAGCUCAGGGACUGGAUUUUGGGCGAUCUCAUGUCAGGAAUAAUAGUCGGGAUUCUGCUGGUUCCUCAGUCCAUAGCCUACUCUUUACUGGCUAGUCAAGACCCUAUAUAUGGUAUAUACACUUCUUUCUUCUCAUCUGUCAUUUAUGCGAUCCUGGGCUCCUCCAGACACAUCUCAGUGGGGAUAUUUGGGGUCCUCUGCCUGCUUGUGGGUCAGGUUGUGGAUAGAGAGUUGGCCCUUGCAGGAUACCUUCCAGAAAGCAGCAUUGGCAUUAACAACAGUGAUACCUUGUUGGCUGGCAAGGGGAACGGCAGUAAUGUAGAGUGUGAUAGGAGCUGCUAUGCAAUAACAGUAGGAGCAACAGUCAGCUUCACUGCUGGCAUUUACCAGGUGCUGAUGGGCCUUUUGCAGGUAGGCUUUGUCUCCGUCUACCUUUCAGACUCCCUCCUCAGUGGCUUUGCAACAGGGGCCUCCCUGACCAUCCUCACUUCCCAGAUCAAGUACCUUCUGGGCCUGAAAAUCCCCCGGCCUCAGGGCUGGUUCACUAUGUUCAAGACUUGGUAUGGUGUGUUCACCAACCUAGCAACAACAAACAUCUGUGACCUAAUCACCAGCUUGGUUUGUUUGGCAGUCCUGAUUCCAGCAAAGGAGCUGAAUGGUCUCUUCAAAUCCAAACUAAAGGCUCCGAUACCUUUUGAGCUCUUUGUGAUUAUAAUUGCAACUUUUGCCUCUCACUUUGGCCACUUCAGCAGCGAAUAUGGUUCAGGAGUGGCUGGAGACAUACCUACAGGCUUCCUCCCUCCUCAGCUGCCAGCGUGGAAACUGAUUCCUAAUGUGGCAAUGGAUGCCUUUUCCAUCGCCAUUGUGGGAUUUGCUAUCACCGUCUCGUUAUCUGAGAUGUUCGCCAAGAAACAUGGCUACACUGUGGACGCCAACCAGGAAAUGUACGCCAUUGGCUUCUGCAACAUCCUGCCUUCUUUCUUCCGCUGCUUCACGACAAGCGCUGCUUUAACAAAAACCCUCGUCAAAGAGUCCACGGGGUGUCAAACCCAGAUGUCGGGGCUGAUCACUGCUGUUAUUCUGCUGUUGGUGCUUCUGGUUAUUGCUCCACUCUUCUAUUCCCUCCAGAAAUGUGUUUUAGCGGUUAUCAUCGUGGUGAACCUACGUGGUGCUUUAGGAAAGUUCAGAGACAUUCCCCAGAUGUGGCGCGUCAACAGGAUUGAUGCCUCGAUCUGGCUGAUCACCAUGGCAACGUCAGCGCUGGUCAACACAGAGCUCGGCCUCCUGGUUGGAGUGUUGGCGUCGGCCUUUUUCGUCCUUGGCCGAACCCAGCAGGCACAGGUCACGGAGCUGGGCCGCACUGCCACCAGGGAGCACUACGAGAAUGUGUCAUCCUACCGCGGCCUUCAGACACAUUCUGGAGUGGCUGUUUUCAGAUAUGGGGCACCCAUCUACUAUGCCAAUCAGAGCUUGUUCAAAAAAUCUCUUUACAAAUGUGCAGAUCUUAACCCUGUGAAGGAGAAAGCACUGCGUUUAAAAUUCAAGAAGAACAAAGAGCAGCAGGAUGAGACCGGAAAGAUACCAAAAGUGAAAUCUGAAGAUAAUCUAAGCAAGGAGAAUGAGGUGGAAGCUUCUGCGUCCAUAACUAUGAUGCUGGAUGAAAAGUCUUUCAUAAACAUACGCAGCUUAGUAAUCGACUGCAGCGGCAUCGUGUUUUUGGACACAGCAGGAAUAAAUGCUCUGAAAGAGGUCCGGAAAGAUUACAGAGAACUUGGAGUUGAAGUUGUCUUAGCCCAGUGUAAUACCUCAGUGCUGGACUCUCUGGAACGAGGGGGUUACUACGACAGCAAAAAGGACGGUGAGGUGGGAAAAAACAACAUGACAUUUUUUACCAUUGCAGAUGCCGUCAGCUACGCCCAAAGCAUAAAUGUGCCUAAUGGAGAUUAUGACCAGAAAUCCUGAAACUGAAACAAUCCAACCAAAGGUCUGUGUUUACAUGUAUUUAAUGUACAUCUAGCAAACAAAACGGCAGCUCAUUGAUGCCAGCAUGCCUUGCAAUUCUGCUGCGACUGAUGAAGUCCUGUUCCUGGUGUAGAUCAAAAAUAUGAAUUGCAGUUUCAGAGGAUUAAAUUAUUCUUACAGAAGAUUAACAUUAACCAUUAAACUCAAAUGAGUUGUUUAGAUUUUCCUCCAGGGGUUUGGAAAUGUCAUGAAUAUUUUUAAAGGCAAAAUGAUUCUAUAUUUUUAUUCAGUGAGGUCCUUCUUCAAAAACUAGCUUUGUUUUUUUCACACGAAAUUGUUUCUAAUUUUUGUUUGAGAAGAGCUCCUAAAUGUGAUAGCUGUGACAUUUUGUUUGUUUUUAAGUUUACAGGCAAAACAAAGACAAUAAAACAACCAGAGGAAGAUGACCUUCAGUACAAAAAACAUCAACAAUGCAGUCCUCUUCAUAGAAGAAAACAUGUUUCAUGUAAGAGCCCACAUCAUUCCAGUCAAACUGGCUAGGGCCUUUUAUAAUAAGUAGAGUAUGCUGACAGGAAGUGUCUGCUUCUGUCUAUGGAGUAACAAAGUAACUGUAAAUGAUCCUAAAUAAUCAAGCAACGUGUUCAGACAAUCAAACAUUUAAGCGUGAGUUUGAGGUUAAUGAUAAAGGUUUGGUUUACAUUAGAACAACAGCAGGGCCUUAGGUAAUUUUGUACCACUUAUACUGUACAGUUCUAUGUAUGUACAUUAAGGAUGUGUGAUUUGGACUUUGAACUCUCUUGAUAUUCUACAGCAUUUAAAAACCAAAAUAUUGCUUUAAAAUGAAAACACCAGUUUUUAAAAUAGGUUAGUUCUGUUCACCAUUUACAUUGAGUAGAGUAAAUCUAUUACUAAAUGGCACACUGGUUAAAUUUGAUCAUAUUUUAAAAUGUUUUUAUAUUGAUCAAUGUCUCAAUGAAAUCAGGAGAGGAAAAAUAGUGACAGUAACAAUCCCAACCAGUUUUUGAGGUUUGCUAAUAUCAGUUAAGAUUUAUCAUAAUUAUUAGAACCAUAAUUAUUGAUCUCUAGUUUACCUUCUUUAUCUGUGACUGUUUUCUAAACCCCUUUUGUGAUAUAUAUAUAUAUAUAUAUAUAUAUAUAUAUAUAUAUAUAUAAUAUGUGUGUGUAUAUGGUUACUGUUAGCGUCACUGUUUUAUUACUGUGUUAUGUUUGGCAUCAAUCUCACUGCGUAACAGGGUGACGUCGCUGUCUUUUACUGUAACAUUUUAAAUUUGCAACUGAAGGUUAUUUGCAAUAAGGUUAAUGCCAAGUCAGAUUUAUACACCCUCCUAAUCAAUCCUGUAUUAGCUCCCAGUGUUUGAUAAUGGGUUGGGUUUAAGACUGUAGUAGGGUGUACAUAUUUAUUCAGUCAACAAGGUGAAGGCAAAGCCAGAACAUUACUGUAUAAAUAAAUAACUUGGGUUUUCUUAUGAAGCGCUGUAGCUCAGAAAAUGGUUAGAAAGUGGAAGAAAUAUGACCUCAUGUUUGUUCUCAUCCAGAAAAAAAUAAGGACAACUGAGUGAUGUUUUAAAUGCAGAUUAAAAAAAAACAUGUCUUAUUCAUGUUUAUGUGUUAAUGCACAAAACUGUUGCCGUGUCUGUUACCAGACAUGCAUUAACUUUGUAUUUGUAGCACUUAUAACCUUGUCUCUGUAAUACCUGUAUGCAUGUUUUUUUUGUGGGAAUGUUCACGUUACAUUGGGUGGGGUGUCACUUUUGGUGUAAAAGUUCUUGAUCAUGCGGUUUAGCUUGUUUUGCUCUGAUGAUCAGUUAUAGAACAAGACGAGUAAGAAUAUUAUUUGUUGAGUUGUCAUGGUGAGAGGUUGUCAUUGCAUUCCUGCUUAUUAACAAAGGGCAUGCAUGAGGUCAUGCAGGAAUGUUUUGUAAAUUUAAAAUGGUCAAAGAUGUACAAGACUGUUAUUUUUCCAUGCAACAAAUUCCAUUAUAUAUGGUAGAAACAUAUUUAAUCAUUUAAUUUUUAUGCAAUUCAAAGCCUUUUCUUAUUAUUUUUUACAACUUUAUUACUAUAAACAAACCUAAAAGGUUUAAUAUAAGCUCGAAUAUGUCUGGAUGUAGUUUGGAGGUUUUUAUGUAGUUAAAUGCUGAAACCAGAAGAAGAGUAUAAUUAUUUGUGAUUGUUUUAAGGCUCAGGUUUAUUUUUAUUGCUGUUUUUUUAUUUCUCAGCUUAAACAAGAGCCAGAGGAAAAUCUAUAAGGACCAUUUAUGAGUGUCUUAUAACAAAAUUGGGUUGUGAUAUUUUAAUAAAUAAAAGCAUAAUUCCACAAUGUC